GGGAGCGGAGCCGCGGGGCCUGGCGCCCUGGAGAGAGCCGCCGACCUCCGUCCCGCCGCCCCACCCAGCCGCUUCUUCCCCCGCAGAGCAGCCGGGGAGCCUCCUCCGCGCCCGCCGGCCUCCCCUCCGACGCUUCCGAAGACCUGUGGCUAAAUCUCAGUUGGCCAGGAUUGAGCAAAGCAGAAAAGAGAUGAAACAAGGAAGGCAAAGAACCGCCAGGUCCCAUCACGAAGGACCAGAAGAUGUCGAAAACUUGAGCUGUGCUGUUCGGCUGGAAUAUACGGCAGACGGUUUACAAGGGGCCGGAUCUCAAGAGGGCCAAAGGGAGACUUGCAAGACGAUGCAACAGCGCUGGGAAACCCAGUGGCAAGAGUUCCUCAGGACACUUCAACCCAAUCAACCCGGGGCAGGAAAUCCUAUUCCCUCAGAGGCCUCACCCUGGGAAGACCCCAAGGCCUUCUUGGCUUCCUUUGAGCAGGUGGGCCAAGCCUGCCGUUGGCCCAGAGGAGAGUGGGUGGCCCGUCUCCUUCCCGCUUUGAGCGGAGAAGCUGAGGAGGCUUUCCAAAGCUUGGAACCCAGAGACCGGGAAGACUACGCCAAAGUGAAGGCCGCCAUCUUGAGAGAGGAAGCCAUCAAAAUGGAGGCGCAACGCCAAUACUUCAGGCAGUUCUGCUGCCGGGAGGUGGAAGAUCCCCGAAGGAUCCACAGCCAACUCCAGGAGCUUUGCCACCAGUGGUUGAGGCCGGAGAGACGCACUAAGGAGCAGAUUCUGGAGCUGCUGAUCCUGGAGCAGUUCCUGGCCAGCCUCCCAUCGGAUCUCCAGAGCUGGAUCCGAGCUGGUGGACCGGACACGUGUUCCCAGGCGGUGGCUCUGGUGGAGGACUUCCUGUUGAACCAGCAGGAGGACGAAACCAGGAAAUGGCAGGAGGUGUGCCUGGGUUCUCUGGAAGUGGUGGAGGAGGAGGAGGAGAAUCUGGACCCUGGAAAUGGGCCGAUCUACAAAGAAGGCGAGCUGAACAGCCUUCAAACUGGGGAGACCAGCUUGCUAGACAGUGGAAUUAAAUGCCCAAGUCAUGCUAGUUCGUUGCUUUCUCUGGAAGGACCAGAAAUGAGUGAAGCUGAACAAAACGAGGGAUCAAUGGGCCUCCAAGAGACAGGAGCUCCUCUGCAGACAAUGGAGCAGAGUCUGAUCCAGCCGGGUCAACGGACCAUAUUUUGGCAAGUCCUGCAGGAGGAGAACGGCAACACGGAUUGUUUCGGUGUCAAGAACAGAAACUGGAUCAAAAUGGAAACUUCUUUGUAUGGCAGAAACGAUCCAGAGGAGACAACGGUCCAGAUAAAUACAGGGAAUGUGUCAAUGGAGGAUGACAUCCAGAAGGAGGGAUGUGACAGCCGAGGUUGGAUCAAGAUGGAAAAUUCUCAGCGGGGAGAGAUUGUGCUGGAAGAAACACCCAGGACUUCAGCAGACAAUGCUCAGUGGACGUUUCCUGCCCCCUCUAAUAUUCACGGACUGAGGUGGGAAUUCCAAGUGGAUAAGACGUCAACAAAGGGGAAGAAUGAAUGGUGUGACCUCUCAGAUGAUCUUACAACAGCCCCUGAGAAGAACCCCACCGCACAGACAGAAGGCAGAAAGGGCCUGCUGCCGAAGCAGGGACGAAAAUGUUGUUUCAAAUCAGGAUUUGUGGAACUGGAAGGGAAACCCUGCCCACGUCCCUCUUUGAAGGAAACGAUCCAGCAGGAAUGUUACUUGGAUAAAAAUCAUUCAGCUGAGCAAGAAGCUGAACCCUCGGAGGGGAGGAAAGACUUCCACCUGGGAGAUGAUUUGACAGGGUACCCGAAAAAUCACCCAGAGGAGGAACCUCGCGAAUGCCCGAAGGAUGAGAAAGACGGUAAAAACCGGAAGGCUGUGAAGAGAGAUCAAGGCAUUCAGACGGAAGGGAGGCGGUAUCGGUGUGCCCAGUGUGGGAAAUCCUUCCGACACAGACAGACGUUGACCAAACACCAGAAGAUCCACACGGGCGAGAAGCUGCACGAAUGCCUGGCUUGUGGGAAGAGCUUCACGUCACGGGAACCUCUGCUGAGGCAUCAGCGGAUUCACACGGGAGAGAAACCCUACGAAUGUCCCCAGUGCGGGAAAUGUUUUCGGCAGAGAGUCCACUUAAUGGGUCAUCAAAAAACUCACACGGGAGAAAAACCCUUCAAGUGUCCCGAAUGUGGGAGAAAUUUCUCUCGGAGGGAUAAAUUAACCAGGCACCAGAGCAUCCACCGAGGCCAGCGUUCUUACGCGCUUACCGAACAUGGGAAGAGUUUUGAUCCCAUCAUCCUCAGCCAGCCUUUCCCGCGUUGGACGUUGGGAUCCAGCCCCCUCUGAAGGAUAAGAGAGGGCUGAAGGAAAGGAGAAUAAUAAAAGCCAUUUUAAUUCUGUAAAUUACAA